AUGUCUCUUGAGCAAAAGAAUAAGAAGAUUGUUGCCGAUUAUUUUGACCGCUACUGGGUCAAGCGCGACGUUUCGGUUGUGGACGAGCUUUGCUCUGACGACUUUGUCCAGUCUUAUCCCAACCAUGGGCCACGGCAUGGAAAGGAGGGAGCAAAGAAAAUGCUUUCAGACUUUACGCAGGCAUUCCCAGACUUGACUUUUAGACAAUAUCAGACGCCUUUGAUUGCCGAGGGAGACUACGUAGCUGCCCAGUGGGUUGGGGGAGGAACUCACACUGGGACAGCCUUUGACGAUAUGGCUGUUGGAAAGCUUGCUACUCCAAACUCUGGAAAGAAAAUUUACUUUAGUGGCAUGACGAUUUUUACGCUGAAGAAUGGUAAAAUUGUCAAGGAGAUUGCUGAAGAAGGCGGUUUGACUGUGCUUCAACAACUCGAUCUCGUACCGCAGCCAAAUCCCGGUAAAGAGAUCAAAUGGGACGAAGAGGGCAACCAAAUCUACUAG